UUUGUGGAGAAGCUACCAAACAACACAUGCUUCAAACUGUGUAAAUCAGCGGGGCUUUGGAAUUUUUAGAAGGCGAUAAUAACUGUUACAUCUAGCUAUAUAUGAUGGAACAUACAGAGAAUUCUGCCCAAGGAUUUCAGUUUCUUGAAAAACAAGGUGAUCUUUUUAGCUGUGAGGAGACCAGCUCGUUGGCCCAUUGCAUCAGUGCAGAUGUUAAGAUGGGGAAAGGGAUUGCAGUGAUAUUUAAAAGAAAAUUUCAGGGAGAAGAGGAAAUUAAAAGACAAGGACAGACACCUGGAGGGCUAGCAGUGUUGAAAAGGGGCAAGCGAUUUGUAUACUAUUUGGUUACGAAGGAAAAAUACUGGAACAAACCUACAUAUGAUACCUUACGAUCUAGUCUUAUCAACAUGAGGAUGCACUGCACAGAGAAUAAAGUCAAAGAACUCUGCAUGCCCAAGAUAGGCUGUGGUUUAGAUGGAUUGCAGUGGCCAAGAGUUAAAGAGAUAAUCAAGGAAGUAUUUGAUGAUUCUGACAUGAAACUCACAGUGUACACUUUGUAAUAAAGGGGCUGUGUCAUAGAAAAGGAUGUGUAUUUGUAAUAAUUGCAGGUCUUAUGGUGCAAGGAUGAUUUGUUACUUAAGAGUUUUUGCAGAGAAACUUGUCCUUUGCUUGUUCUUUUGAAUUACACAGUUAUAAUUUAUUUAAGAAGUAGUAUAAAACAGUUAUAAACAAACAUCUAUUAAAACAACUGAAAAUGGAA